AGGAGGGGGCGUGUCCCUGCCGCCGCUGCCGCCGCGUUAAGGGAGCCAGUUGGGAGGCAGUCGCGGCCGGUAGUGGCUGAAGGAGGCGCGAGUGCGCGCGCGGACGGUUGGCCGGCCGCGAGGGAAGCUCUGUGGCGGUGGCUUAGGGCAGCGCGCGCGCGUAGGGGCGCCUAUGGUGUGGCCUCAUGUCUAAGACGCUACGGAGGAAGCGCCACUGGCUGAGCAAGGUGCAGGAGUGCGCUGUGUCUUGGGGGGGUGGCUCCGGCCCGGACCCCGACCUCCUGCGGGGUGGCGCCGAGCGCGGCGAGUUCCCUUACCUCGGGAGCCGCCUGCCGACGCUGGCCGAGUCCAGCGGCGGGAGUGGCCCCAUCUUACUCUCGGGGAAGUCCCCCACCCCCGGAGACGUGCUGCUCGAGGUGAACGGCACCCCGGUAAGCGGCCUCACUCACCGCGACACCCUGGCCGUCAUCCGCCACUUCAGGGAGCCGGUGCGCCUGAAGACCGUACGGCCAGGCAAAGUCAUAAACAAAGAUUUGCGUCACUAUCUAAGCCUGCAGUUCCAGAAAGGUUCAAUUGAUCAUAAACUGCAACAGGUGAUCAGAGAUAAUCUCUACUUGAGAACCAUCCCAUACAGGGUAUUGAACUGGAUCCAGCCUUCAGGCCGGAUCUUUAUCUCCGUCACUCCCUGUGGGCCGAGCUUGACAGGCACUACAAGGCCUCCCAGAGAUGGGGAGGUCCCUGGGGUGGACUAUAAUUUUAUUCCUGUUGAACAGUUUAAGGCACUAGAAGAAAGCGGAGCCUUGCUAGAAAGUGGAACAUAUGAUGGUAAUUUCUAUGGUACACCUAAACCUCCAGCUGAGCCAAGUCCAUUUCAGCCAGAUCCAGUAGACCAAGUGAUUUUUGAUAAUGAUUUUGACCCAGAAUCUCAAAGAAAAAGAACCACAUCAGUCAGCAAGAUGCAGAAAAUGGACAGUUCUCUUCCUGAAGAAGAAGAGGAGGAAGAAAAGGAAGCCAUUAAUGGUAGUGGAGGCACAGAAAACAAAGAGAGACAUUCAGAUUCUUCCGAGUGGAUGAAGCCUGUUCCCAGUUACAGUCAGACAAGUAGUUUGAUGGAUUUCAGAAACUAUUUAUCAAGGGAAGAAAACCUAGAGCCUCUGCCCAAGAACUGGGAGAUGGCCUACACAGACACAGGCAUGAUCUACUUCAUUGAUCACAACACCAAAACCACCACCUGGCUGGAUCCUCGUCUUUGUAAAAAAGCCAAAGCUCCUGAAGAUUGUGAAGAUGGAGAGCUUCCUUAUGGUUGGGAGAAAAUAGAAGACCCUCAGUAUGGAACAUACUAUGUUGACCAUAUUAACCAGAAAACCCAGUUUGAAAAUCCAGUUUUGGAAGCCAAACGGAAAAAACAGCUAGAACAGACAGGUGGAGGCCCUUCACAUCCAGAACCUGUGAAGUCUCUCUUCACCCGCGACCCAUCCCAGUUGAUAGGAGCACUGAUACGGACAUCACUGAAGAAAAGUAGUAUGGGAUUUGGCUUCACAAUAAUUGGUGGAGACAGACCAGAUGAGUUUCUGCAGGUGAAGAAUGUAUUGAAAGAUGGGCCAGCUGCACAGGAUGGCAAAAUUGCACCAGGUGAUGUUAUUGUAGACAUAAAUGGCACACGUGUCCUUGGCCAUACCCAUGCUGAUGUUGUCCAAAUGUUUCAAUUGGUUCCUGUCAACCAGUAUGUGAAUUUGGCUCUGUGCCGUGGAUACCCUCUUCCUGAUGAAAAUGAAGACCCUGUUGUAGAUAUUGUUACAGCCACUCCUGUCCUAAAUGGCCAAACAAUAGCAAAAAGUGAUGCUUGUAUGAUCAACCAAGAGUUAAUAUCUGGAACAAUGGUUUUGGACCAGAAUGGAAAGCCAGGGCAUAUCUUGCUCAAUGGACUCUUGAAUGGCCCUUCCACAGACCUCAAUGAACAGAGGGCCUCAGUGUCUUCUUCAGGAUGCUCUCAAGCAGAACUGGUCACAGUUCCACUGAUCAAGGGACCUAAAGGUUUUGGAUUUGCAAUAGCUGACAGCCCGGUAGGGCAGAAAGUGAAGAUGAUUUUAGAUAGCCAGUGGUGCCAUGGCCUUCAGAAAGGGGAUAUAAUUAAAGAGAUUUAUCAUCAGAAUGUACAGAACUUAACUCACCUCCAGGUGGUAGAAGUACUGAAGCAGUUUCCAGUUGGAGCAGAAGUGCCACUGCUUAUCCUAAGAGGAGGCCCUUCCUCACCUGCUAAAAGUUCCAAUGUUGCGAGUAUUGAUAAUAAACUAGAUAAGCAAGAAAAUUCAGGAAGCCAAGAGACCAUCAAUGAUUUAGGCCCACAACCCAUGCCUUUUGCACCCACUGCUGUAAGGUCAGCUUCCCCAAAGCUUGACCCUUCAGAAGUCUACCUGAAGUCUAAAACAUUGUUUGAAGAUAAACCUCCCAACACAAAGGAUUUGGAUGUUUUUCUUCGAAAGCAAGAAUCUGGCUUUGGCUUCCGGGUUCUUGGAGGAGAUGGUCCAGAUAACUCUAUCUACAUUGGAGCCAUCAUCCCACUGGGGGCAGCAGAAAAAGAUGGUAGACUCCGUGCUGCUGAUGAGCUGGUAUGCAUUGAUGGUAUCGCAGUCAAAGGGAAAUCACACAAGCAGGUUCUGGAUUUAAUGACCAGUGCUGCACGAAAUGGCCAGGUGCUGCUGACUGUCCGCAGAAAGAUCUUCUUUGGAGUAGACAAACAACCAGAAGAAGAAGAAUCAUCCCAAGUUCCCGUUUCCUCCCAGAAUGGCUCUCCUAGACCAAACCAAGUAGAGCUUCUCAGCAAGUCGUUCCAAGAAGCCUAUGAUGUUGCGCUGCAACGGAAGGAGAAUGAAGGAUUUGGCUUUGUGAUUCUCACCUCAAAACACAAGCCACCACCUGGUGUGAUUCCUCAUAAGAUUGGGCGUGUCAUUGAAGGGAGUCCAGCUGAUCAUUGUGGAAAACUGAAAGUGGGAGACAGAAUCUCAGCAGUGAAUGGCCAGUCAAUCAUAGAUCUCUCGCAUGAAAAUAUUGUGCAGCUGAUUAAAGAUGCAGGGAACACUGUCACACUCACUGUUCUUGCUGAAGAAGAGCAUCGUGGUCCUCCAUCAGGAACAAACUCUGCCAAGCAGAGUCCAGCCCUACAGCAUCGACCGAUGGGACAAGUACCAGCCAGCUCUUUGCCCACUGACAGGAGUGCUACAGAAGCUGAUACUGGCAAAGAGCAAUGCAACAAUUUCAAGCACUUUUCAUCAUCAGAAGGUGUUUCAUCUGUCACAGGGAGCAAACAUCCUCAGAGCCCUGCAUGUUACCCAGUAGAAUUGGAGAGAGGCCCUCGAGGCUUUGGAUUUAGCCUUCGCGGAGGGAAGGAGUACAACAUGGGGUUGUUUAUUCUUCGGCUUGCUGAAGAUGGGCCUGCCAUUAAAGAUGGGAGAAUUCAUGUUGGUGACCAGAUUGUUGAAAUCAAUGGGGAGCCAACCCAAGGAAUCACCCAUACACGAGCCAUUGAAUUGAUUCAGUCUGGAGGAAAUAAAGUUCUCCUCCUUUUACGACCAGGAACUGGCUUAAUACCAGAUCAUGGUGAUCUGGAUAGUAGUAAUCCAACAUCCUCAAGUGUAACUCGUGGUGAACAGACACCAUUCCCCUCAUCUUCACAUUUUGCUUCCACAUCUGAAGCAUCUCAUUUGCCAGGAUCAGAAGCUUUAAUGAAAGUUCAGAUGGCUGAGAAACUGGAAGAACUAACGAAAACUGUGCCUGACAAAAAAAGCACUUUAAAGGAAAACCACUUGGAGAUUAAGAAUGCAACUUCUGCACAAAGGUGUGUGAACAAAAGGGACAACCCCUCCAGUCCCGGUCAUAAGGCAGUGCACCGUACUGCACAGUUAGCAAUAGACAAUGCAAACAGCAGAGGCAGAUCAGGCAGUCCACAAAAGUUGAGCAAUAGUACUUCCAAAGGCCAUAAUCAAGCACCAUGCAACAGCCCUAGAAUGGGUGAACCUAAGAAAACUCACAAGGGUUCCUUAGAUCAACCAGGAAGUCCCAGAAGGCAUGAAAGCAAGCACCUGAGAACUGCUGAGAGUGCAGACACUGGCAAAGUCCCUGCCAAGGAAAAGAGAGGCAGAUCUGCCAGUCCCCAGAAAUAUCCAAAGAGAGAAAGAAGCAGAGACAAUCUGAACACAGCACAAAGGUUAACAGAAUUUAAAAGUAGAAAACCUAUUGGUGAAAAACGCACAACUGCGCUGCUGAAAGAUGAAAAAAUGAAAUUAGGAAGCAUGAAGGAAGUCACAAAGCAAAACAUAUCUGGGAAGGAUGAGAAAUAUCCUUCAGAGACAGCACAUAUCAAUUCAGAGGAGCAGUCUCUUCCACUUUCUGGGGCUAAUCAGCUUCAAAAGAAAACAAUGGAAGAUGAGAAAAUGAAAAGUUCUAACCAAUUCCAAAUGGCAAGUCUUUCUGGGGAUAAAAACACUAGACUUGAAGCAGAAGAGCCUGUUGUCCUGAACAAAUUCAGAGACAAUGACUUGGAGCCAGCUGAUAAAACCAAAGAGGAUGGAAUUUUCAAAUCUGAGAGCAGAUCUCCUGUGAAGAAAACUAUAACUCCUGGGCCUUGGAAGGUACCAAGUACAAAUAGAGUCACAAAAGCAACGGGUGUGACUGACAAACGGGUUUGACUGACAAAACUUUUUUUAGAACAUAUUGUAAUCAGGUUUCUAAUGUGGUCACUUAAAACAGUUUUUCUUUUCAUAAAACUCAUUUUUUCAGACACUGUGAUGGAUGGAAAGUACAUUUGAUCAUAGAUUAAAUUAGGCUGCAUGAAGGACUUUUGGGUUGUGUAUAAAAAACUCUUCAAAAGCUGCUGUCCUUUGGUCCCUUUUGAAGGUGAUGUCCUGCUGCUCCUGAUGUUGCACUGCUACGGCUUUCUGAUAGUAUUGUGAGAUAAUGAACAAAAUUAUUUAAUGCCUAUUAUCAGUGUAAUCAUGUCUCACUGCUUGUUCUUGUGCCAAGUUAUCUACUGUAUCCUGUUGAAUCUUCUGCAUUUUCCACUGCCACAUAAGAGGAAAAAAUGGUUUUAAAAUGAGUAUUAACUCAAGCAUGCUGCAUGUUUCAUAGGGAAUAUUUCUGAGUUCUCGCUGCUCAAGCAAGAAGUUGGAUGUGCUUGGUUAUCUUGGCUCUGUGGAGUCAGGGAGCAAACAUGUCAUAAAUAUUUCCCCCCCCCAAAAAAAAAAACUCUUACCACCGCCCCAAGCGUGUCAAUACCAGCAAAACAACUUUAAACAGGACAGUGCCCCUUUAUAUGUAGUAUAUUGUAAUUUGUUCUCUAUAUUGUUUGAACUGUUGAUACCAACUUUAAAAAGUGGUAGAGACUUAAAUCUGAAAAUUGAAGAGCAGUUUUGAAAUUAUAGCAGAAUUCUAUUAAUUUCAGUGUAAUUUUGCUGAAGUAAUUGCUUCAGGUUUGCCACCAAAUUAUAUCCUGAUCAUAAUUUUUAAACAAGCACUUUUAACAGAUAUUAAACAUGCAGAGCGUGCAUAUGCUUCCAAGCUUACUGUCAUGCUGUUUGUCAGAAUCUCCCAUCUGUUGUUUGGUUGUUUUUUGCUUAAUGCUGGCUAAACACUUGAAAAUUUCCUGCCAUGCUCAAAAUUCAAGAUUUUAAAUUGCAGCAAAGAGUAAACCAGAGCCAAUCCACCAAAGUCAACUUCUUAAGAAUCGUCCUUGCUUGUGCCUAUUACUACAAGUCUAUUUUGCUUUCCAUGUUUGUACAUUAAAUUAUUUGCAACCUGUUAAACAGUACCCAUGACAUACCUCUCUUGCUUCUGCAUGUGUGUAAAUACUGAUAGUGAGGAAUGUUAACAGUGGAACACAUUUGCACCUCAAACAUGUAGUUAAUUGGGAUGGGAUUAGGGAAAUAGCAAGAUGCGAGAGUGGAAAGCCUUUGGAUGUUAGAAACUUCUAGCUGUGGAUUUGGUAGCCUUUGACCUUUUGAGGUUUGAUUCACAUCAGCACAGAAAGAAAAUAUUUACAGCCCUUUAUGUUACUCUAAAUCAAAGAUUUCAGUUUUUUCCUGUGAGCUUCCCCUUCCAAUAGGGAAGACUCAUUAGCAACGAGUAAUGUUUUAAAUGACAAUGAAAUAGUUUGUUUAGCCUUCCUUUUAUUUUAUUUAUAUUUUAUUAUUUUAUUAUACUGCUUUCUUCCAGGUUUCUAGUUUUGUUCUCUGGCUUUAUUUUUUAUUUUUAACCAAACUUCUUUUUUUCUGGGUUUUUUUCCCCUAUUAGUUUCAUCUUUCAUUUUUUCUCCUUCUCAAGGUUUCUUCAUCCAUUGGUUUUUCUUUUUGGUCUGUUCUAUUCUUUGUGUACAAAUUAUGUUUUCUCAAACAUCUAAAAUGUUACAAUGGAACUUCCACUGCCUCUGUAUAUAUGUUUGUGUGUGUGUGUGUGUAUUUUGAUAGAUCUUCCUAAAAUGAUACCCAUUGAUAAUGAACCCAUUAAUAAGUUUGUGAGUUCUGUAGUGUUUCAAGGGAUUGGGGGGGGCAAGUUCCUACUAGCAUAGCCAGCACUGUCACAAUAGAUGGCUGUGUAUUGUGGGAACAUUGUUGAUAUUGCAUGUGAGAACUUGGCUGCUGCAAACACUCUCCUCCCCUCUGUAGUACUGAAGGAUAGAUCACUAUUUAAUACAUAACCGUUUCUAAAAGAGAUAAAAUGCCCAAGAAUGUCCCAGCAUUUCAAAAAUGUUUUAUAUUCUUCUAGUGGUGAAACUCCCCUCUUGCUAUCAUAUUAAGAACUCUUUCUUUUUAUCAGUUUCACUCUAGACCAAGCAUUUUGUUAGUCAAUUUUACUGCUUUAUUGACUUGUAUGAGAUUAGGUUCUCCACUUCCUUUGUUCUAUGUAGUUAUGCAACUGCUGUUACUGUAGUACUUGCCCUGAGGCAGUAGCAAUAAGAGAGGUCUUUCCCAUUGCUUUUUAAAAAUGAUUAUCUCUGCAGAGCACAUCUGUCUGCUCAAAGGUUACUUUCUAUGUUCCAUUUUCCUUCUUGCAUAAGACCCAGUUCUAUCAUAGAGGGCAGGUAAGUUGGCAUUGCUUAGUAGUAACUAUAGGGUUGCCAUUGAGGACCUUAGCGAUGUCACUUUCAGAUUUAUUGCUUUGCAUUCAACUCUAGAUUGCUGACAUACUUUUCCCCUCAGAUCUGCUGGGUCUGGAUGUUUUCAGUGUGAUGGGGACUAGAUUGCUAUAGCUGUGUAGGACACUGUGGACUCUCAAAGUGGGCUGAUUUGCAGAUGAAUGAAACUUCUUUGAACCUGCCUAUCUGAGGUAUGAUUUCACGACCGAAGUCUGGAACACUCAUUCAAGAGGAGUGCUUCUCAUGGUAGCUUGGUGCUAUUGUUUCUGAUUGUGUCUAUUGCUGUGUUGUUGCUGUACUGAUCCUGCUAAUCUGAUUUGCCCAGAAGCAAUUCGCACAAAUGGCAUCUGGUUUGGCAGCAUGCCAAGUGCCUGUUAGAAAGCAAUAGGUCUCUAGAAAGCUGUUGUUGAUCAGCCCAUAACUCACCACAUUCUAUAGUGAUGGUGAUAGCAGAGAAAGCACUGAGAAGCAACAGUGCAAAGGUUUGGGGUAUCUCUAAGCAGAGCUUCAAUAGGGUACCUGCAGACCUGUAAGUGUCAGAAGAGUGCAAGGCUGCUUAUUGAUAGAAAGAUGAGGAUAAAGAUCCUCAUAUGGCAGUCAGACACAUAUACUGGUAUGAUGGCGUACAAUUAAAUUAUGUUACAUCUGUUCAUCUUCUUAAAAACUUGUGCAAGAUGUAUGUGUUGACGGAAUUUACAGCAUCUUACAGAGCCUCAAGUUUCUGCAUAUACAACAGUCCUUUUUAUUUUAAUAUAUCAGAUGUUGCUGAUUAAUCCCAAGUUUUGAAAACAAUUUAAUGUAGCUCAAAAGAGUUGCUGUUCAAAACAGGAAGUUUUCAAAUUCCCUAUAUUUCUUGCCUUAUUUUUCCUGAGCUUUUCUGAGGAGUGAGGCUGCUGAGAAACAAGAAAUCAGUUCAAAGCAGGAGAUUUAACUGUUUUUAAAAAGACUAACAUCUGGUUAAACUUUCACUGUAAGAAAAUUGUUUUCUGAAGUGUCAUUUGUUCUCUCUCCUCCUCAUGAAAGAACUCAAGUUGCUGUAGGAAGUAUGUGCAAAUAUUGUAGAAUAUCGCUGUGAAAAUAUUUAAUACUUGAGUUAGCCUAUCUAGUUUAAAUACCUUGAUAAUUAUGAAACAUCCCUUCAAGUAAGAUUCUGUACCCUGUCACAGUAUAGUGUUGAAUGAAAACUGCAGAAAUAUCGAUAUGAUUUAGUAAAUCUGAAAUGUUUUUUCCUCAUUUUUCAGCAAGCAAUCAUUAUCCAGAUAUGAUUCAGCCUUUAAUGGUGUGACCUAAUUUGUUGUCUUCUGUUUGAUGUGAGCCCUUCUGUCCGGAGACUUUGUAUCUGUAUUUAACUGCAUAAAAUGACUUUAGCAAUGUGGCCUUGGAAUGUUGAAAAAAUGAUGGUUGUACUGGAUGUAAAUGUUUAUAUAUUGUACAGCACCUUUAUAUAUAUAUAUAUAUAUAUAUAUACUUCUGAGGUUCUGAUUAGAAAGAGACCUGUAAAUUGCUCAUUAUUUUUUAUAUAGAUACAUUAAAAAGAGACUCUAGUUCAUGGCCGCCCGAGUACUGUACUUUAUGAAGGCAAUCAUCUCUUCAGUGUCUUAUACGUUAGAAGAGGGGUAGCUAACCUUUUUCAGGCCAAGGGCUGUAUUGACCCUGCAGGUGUAUCAGAGGGACCAUCUCAAACUGGGCAUGGGCAUUUUUUUUU